AUGAAUUUUGAAAAGUAUCCUUGGCUUGUAGAUCUUUCUUCACCUGAAGCAGUAGCUGCCAUUGAGAAAGCCCAACAAUCCUUCCAACAAACGGGAGCCGCCAUCUUUCCCAACUUUCUGAGUGGACUCGCAUUACAGGAGUGCAUUCAAGAUGCACGGGCCCAAGAAUCGACUGCCUUUACUACCGACGAUGUCCAUACAGCCUAUUUGCGACCCAUCAACGAAAAUACCGAUCCAUUAUCGGUGGAGAAUUUGGAAAUGAGGACCCAAGUUGCCUCGAUUGCCUACGACGAAUUGCCUCCCAAUUCGAUUCUGGGAAGUGUUUACGAACAUCCUCUAUUAAGAAAGCUGGUAUCCAAAAUUGUUGGAAAAGAUACAAUUUACUUGUCGGAUGACUCACUUGGCUGUUGUUCCAUCAAUGUCUUUCGAGCCGGAUAUCAUCAUUCGUUUCAUUUUGACGAAUCCGAGUUUUCGACGACACUCAUGCUCCAAGAAUCCGAGAUUCCAGGCACUGGACUGUUUCAAUACACGAAACCAUUGCGAGACAGUCCUGAUGACCUUGCACUUACAUCAGUGGCAAACGCAAUCCAUGCAUAUGCUAAUGAUGCAGUGACUACAAAGAGUCGUCUACUACUAGAAGCUUCGUCAGCAAAAGAACAAACCAUCAGUGACAACAACAACAACAAUGAUGAUGAUGAUGACGACAAGUCAAAUUCAUCGUCGUUUGCGCCAUCCUUGCACACGCUAGACUUUGCACCUGGAACCUUGUCCAUAUUUGCUGGAUCCAAAUCCUUACACCGUGUCACACGAGUAAAAGGGAAAAGGUCAAGACUGGUGGCCGUCUUUACCUUUGCGUCACAACCUGGUUUCCAAAAUACAUCCACCAUUCAAAACAUGUUUUGGGGUCGAUCCUCCUCAAGAACGAGGCCACGACGAGGGGGGCAGAAAGAAGCAGAGGAGAAACAGCAGAAAUAA